AUGGCACCUGUCAACGUUUUGAUGGUUGGUACUGGAGAGUACACCACUGGCUGGACCGGAAGUGGUGGAUCUCAGUCUGAUAAGAAGGUCGGUGUUGUCGGAUUAACUCUUUUCGACCUCCGCCGUCGCGGAAAGGUUGGCGAACUCAGCAUGGUUGGAACCAAUGGUUCCAAGUUUCCCGCCAUCAAAAACCAUCUCGAGAAGAACAUUAGAGACGUGUAUAACGGACUUGAUGUCUCCUUCACUGCUUUCCCCGCCGGUGAAACCCGUGACCCAGAAGCCUACAAAGCCGCCAUUGACGCGCUGAAGCCCGGUGAUGCCAUUACAAUCUUCACGCCCGACACAACACAUUUCCCUAUCGCUUUAUACGCCAUCCAAAGGGGAAUUCACGUACUGGUUACUAAACCGGCUACGAAGACUUUAGAAGACCACCUUAAGCUUAUCGAGGAGGCGGAUAAGCAUGGUGUAUUCGUCUAUGUUGAGCACCACAAAAGAUUCGACCCAGCCUACUCAGAUGCCCGUGCCAAAGCAAAGACUCUGGGCGACUUCAACUACUUUUACUCCUACAUGUCACAGCCCAAAUCCCAGCUCGAGACAUUCAAGGCAUGGGCCGGUGUCGACUCUGACAUCUCCUACUAUCUCAACUCGCAUCACAUUGAUAUCAACGCAUCCAUGAUUCCAGACUGGACACCCUUCAAGGUGACCGCUUCCGGUUCCCGCGGUACCGCCACUGAUCUCGGGUGCGCCGAGGGUACAGAGGACACAAUCACCCUUCUUGUGGACUGGAGGAAGAACAGUGACAAGUCAAAGGUGGGAACAGGUGUUUACACAGCUUCUUGGACGGCGCCGCAGAAGGCCGGAGUACACUCAAAUCAGUACUUCCAUUACAUGGCUAGUCAGGGUGAGAUUAGAGCAAACCAGGCCAAGAGAGGUUAUGAUGUCACUGAUGACAACCUUGGUGCUUUGGCGUGGUAUAAUCCCUUCUACAUGCGCUACGCCCCUGAUGAAGAGGGCAACUUCGGCGGUCAAACUGGUUAUGGAUAUAUCUCAUUCGAGAAAUUUGUAGACGCAUGCAACCUAUUGAAUGAAAAGAAAAUCACUCUUGAGGCGCUCGAUAAGCGUGGUCUUCCAACACUAAGGAACACAGUGGUUACGGGAGCCAUCCUCCAUGCAGGAAGAGUCUCGCUAGAUGAGAAGCGAAGUGUGGAGAUCAAAGAGGUGGGAGGUGUUUUGACGCUAGUAUAA